AUGAACAUGCAACUGUCAGAAGAAAGCAAGGUCCCGAUCCCCCUUCUUCCCCCAGUAUUGCUUCGACUGACAUAUACACAGGAGCGCAUCGGCAAGGUCAUUGACUUCUCUCGCGUCGCUAUCCACUAUGGUUAUCUUCCUUUGAUUAUCUAUCUCGGAUAUACUCGCAGCGAACCUCGUCCAUCUCUCAUUAGGACAGCCACCCUGAUGACCGACAACCAUGCGCGAAUUCCUCCCGCGCUGGUCGAGACGAUCGCAGGACUCUCUGCAGGCACAGUUUCAACCCUAGCGGUCCAUCCUCUAGACCGCAAUACUUCCACCGUUCCUGUUACCGCAUAUGGCAUCUUCAAAGGAUUGAUUGCGAAUGACCGGCCAAUACAGAGACUGUAUCGAGGUUUGACGCCGAAUUUGAUUGGAAAUGCUAGCAGUUGGGCUAUUUUCUUCUAUUUCAAAUCUGUCGUCGAGAGCCAGCUCUUGCAGUUCCACAAUCGCCCUACCGCCAAGAUAGGCCCUGAGAAGACACAUCUUACGCCUGCUGAUUAUUUCCUCGCAUCUGGAAUCUCUGGAACCAUAAUUACGCUUACGACGAAUCCACUAUGGGUUCUCAAGACUCGAAUGUUGAGUUCGGAUAAGGGAACCGAAGGAGCUUAUGAGGGAUUAUGGCAGGGAACACGACAAAUGUGGAAGACUGAGGGUGUUCGAGGGUUCUACAGAGGUGUUGGUGUCAGUUUGAUUGGCAAUAGUCAUGGCGCGAUUCAAUUUGCUGUCUACGAGCCCUUGAAAAACAUAUGGAGAAACCAUUUCAACGACAAAUUCCAUUCCAGCACAGAAGACAAGCAAGAAGAGAAGAUGGGAAACGCAGCUACGUUGGUCAUUAGUGGGUCUGCUAAGAUAAUUGCUGGAACAGUCACCUACCCAUAUCAGGUCAUUCGGAGUCGGCUGCAGACCUACCACGCCGACGAGAAAUUUGGAAAGGGAAUUCGUGGAGUGACUCUCAAGGUUUGGCAAGAAGAUGGAUGGAGGGGGUUUUACAAAGGCCUAGGAACAAACAUUGUGAGGGUCUUACCCGCGACGUGGGUUACUUUCUUGGUCUAUGAGAAUGUUAGGUACUAUGUGCCGCUUUGGAAUAACCAGAGGCUUUGA